AUGAGUGGCUCAUCGUCUGUAAGUAUAUUAUAAUAUAAAAUAUCGUUCGUCUUGUGUAUACGCCUUACACUUAACCGCGGAUACUCGGGGUGUUCAAAUAAUAUUGCCAUAUAGCUACAAUAGCCACGCGACUCAAGUCCACAUACCCCCGAUCGUCAUCCCCUAAAAUAUCGAAAACUACUAAUACUACUACUACUACUACAACUACUACUACUACUACUACUACUACUACUACAACUACUACUACUACUACUACUACUACAACUACUACUACUACUACUAAUAAUAAUAAUAAUAAUAUAAAAAAGGUCCUGGUAUAUAUUUUAAAAAUUGUAUCACGUUAAAAAAAAAAUAUAGGUUUUCUGUGAAAAAUUCAGGACUCAACAGUUAUUUCGAUUAUUUACAACGGUUAAAAUGAAAAAAAACCAAAUAGCCGAUACUGCUGACGAUUGCGCCACUAUAGAUAAAAAGUUGGGAAGGUUGAAAAAAUAUAUAGAGUUAAUUAAUUUAUGUCUGCACGCAAACGAUAAAUCAUUGCUAACAAAAACCGAUUCUGAACGUUGUUAGGCUAUGUAUGUUUUCAAAUUUGAACGUUAAACGCAUGUAUAAGUCAGCAGCGCCACUUGAUUACACCCACUAUCGCCAUCACAGCCGGUACUGUACCAUAAAUUUUAAAAAUUGACCAUGUUGAUAAAAUCCUUAAAAUAGGUAUUCUGUAAAAAUUCAAAUUUACGAUUAUUUUUAACCGAAUUAAGACAAAAAUAACAAAACUGUACAUUUUCCCUUAUUUCCCAGGUUUUCCCAUUUAUAGGAAAAAUUACAAGGAAAAUUAUUUAAUGAUAUUAUAUAUUUAUACUAGAUUAGAAAAUGCAAUAAAAAAAAGUAUUUUAUCAAUUUUUAAUUGGAGCAAGAUUUUUGACAAGAAAAAUGUUUCACACAAAUAAAAUUGAGCAUCACACAUCGUACCUAGUGAAACUAUAUAUAUUCAUUGCGUUUCUCAGAAUCAAAACAAAACGAAAAUGAUUGAAAUCAUUAUUGCCGUAAAUUCGCCUAUAUUUUUUCCCGAGUAGGCAAAUUUUUUUAAUCAUAUUUUUUUCCGAAUUGUAAAAAAAAAUCACCUCCUAAAUGCACUUAAUAGAUGAAAUUCAUUUUUAAAAAGGGAGCUUUUUUUCUUGAUGUACACGAAAUUCAAAAGACUGUUUUUGAAAAUCCGUUUUAACGUUCGAUCAGAUAGAUCCGAAUUUCGGUAGAAAUUGCAAAUUGUUCCGUUUUUGCAGACGACGCCACUUCAAUUUAUUAUUAUUUUAAAUAAUCGGCAGGCUCUCGCUCGUGUACAGUUUUCCACCUGACCGUUUUGACUAUCACAUUAAAUAAAAAUUGAAAAAACACACAACAUCUAAAUUAAUUUACAAGAAAAAUACUCGUCCAACGCUAUUCCAUAAAAAUAAGUUAAUUAAUUUACAAAUAGUAUUCCAAGUUGUGUAUACUUACUUUACUACUUGCGUUACCUAAUAAAUAUUUACUGUAAUAUAAUACUUUCACGUUACGUACGUCAUUUCCACGGCAAUAAUAAUUUCACUUUUUUAUUCAGUUGAAAAUCGCAAAAAAUGUAACAUAAAAUUAUGAUUGUAAACAUUGAACACACGUCGGGUGUUGAUAAAACGAACUAUAAAAUUAUAUAUAAAUAUAUAAAAUUGAAAGUUUCGUUUGUGGGUCAGUGCAGACGAGAACGGUUUUGAUUUUUAAAAAAAGAAUACAUAUUACGUAAUUACGUACCUACCAAUAGUUUUUUUAUUCGAGAAACUUUUUUAUCGAUAUUACAGAGUAUGUAUGUUGGAGUAUGUAUUAGACGAGUAAUUUAUAUACAGAGAGUAUAGAGAGUUUUGAAGUUCGGAGUAUAGAAAUUCCCACACGUGACCAGCGUAGUAAAGAAAAAAGGGCAAAGACAAGUCAUGAUAUUACGAUCAAUCUGUUUUUGAUACACGGUCAUGUACGGUCGACUUUGAUGUAUUGAUCAUAUUAUUAAUUAUUUUAAUAACUUCCCCAUUCCUCGUUAAACACUCUACUUUAGGUGCUACACUUUGAGCACAUAAUAAUACAAUAUACUCGUUUGAAUUUGUUAGCGUUUUAAUUUCAUAAUAAUAGCGUAUUACAGUAAAAUCAUCAGCAAUCGAAAACAAACAGUAAAUAUAGGCGUAAUGUUCAACAUAACAAUAAUAUUGAUAAUAUUAUUUCCGUUAUCUUCUAUAGGUUUUAUGAAUUAAACAUAUUUUACUACGUUUUUCUAUGGUAAAUAUGUAUUUUUAUAAACUCGUUUAAUCGUUUUAAAGUUAAAACAAAUACAAUAAAACACCUAUUUGUAUAAACAUAUUCAUUUUUUUUUUCACAUAAAUAAAUAAACUGAAAAUGUUUACAUUUUCGACUUUUACAAAAUACAAUAAUAACUGCACCGGUCAGAGCAAACAUUAUUUGAACUUUUAUAUUUUAUGAGACUCAGGGCAGGGGUAUCAAUAACCAUUGGGGUAUACCGGUAGUAAGUCUGAAUUUAAAAAAGUCUUACAUAUUAUAUUACGAGUAGGAAUUUACAAUAUUUCACGAGCGUAAUAUAAUAAUUAUAUUUUACUGACUCCGGUGUUUUUUUAAUAAUUGUUUUUUAGAUUUUGAGCGUAGCGAAAGAUUAUAGUUACCUAUUAUGAUGGUUUUUCUAUGAUAUGUGUUUUUUUUUCUGUCUGUGAACAACCUUUGUUCACACAAUGUUCAUACAAUACUCAUAUUAACUUUUAAAGAAAUGAUAACAUUUCCAACAUAUUUUGGUGAUUUUUGAGCUGUUUAUAAGCAUUUGAACAAUUCAAGUUUUUUUUUUGGUUUAAUGUGGACAGCAUUUGUUUUGCUUAAGCAAAAACGCUUAGAACUUUUAUAUGAGGUUUAUCGUGAGUUAUAAUUGAGAAAAAAAAAUAAAUCUUGAACAUAAAAUAAAGUUUUAUUUUUUUAUUUUAUAAAUGUUAUAAAAAUUUUAAUGAAUACAAUACAAAUCAUGACAUUUCAAAACAUGAUUAACCGAACAUCGCUCAGAAUCACUUUUCAUUAACGAUAAUUAAGUAAAUAAAUAACUCUACGUGUCCUACACCUGCCCCACUUCCCACAUAUAGCAUGUAUUGGGCAUGUAUUACGCAUCAACAGUAUCAGCUCAUUUUUAAAUCUUCUUGGUCUCGUAACUAGAUUGUAUAAACAUGCAUAUGGAAAUAAAAUACGGCAUACUUUUGUGUAGGUUAUAAAUGGUGAUAAUAUUAUUGAUAUAGUUAUUGGAAUCGUAUAUAUUAUGUAAUACGCGAUAAGUGAAUAAUUUAUCCGUUUUACGAUUUACAUACUUAAUUGAUUAGUCAGAAAGCAAAAAAAAUGUUUUCGGCUUAUAACUUAAUUGAAUAACGGUAAUACGAUAUAUCGUAUUAACAUCGUCAAACAGAAAGUUUUACUUGAAACUUACAAACAUUUUUUUGUAGCAUUUUGGAUCUAACUGAUGCACUGAGAAGGUCAUUUGAUUUCGAAGUAGUUUUCACAAUAAUUGAGUAAAAUCUUGAAAAAACGGAAUAAUUCACGCCAUUGUAUUGUUUUUGUUAGAUUCUGAGAGGAGCGAAGGUUUUUUUUUUUGUAAUUAUUUUAUGUUCAAUUUUGACAAAAAUCGCAAAGGUUACGGAAUUUCAAAACAUGUUCGACCGAACUUGGCGCAAAUUAGUAUUUUGUCAUCAAUUGUUCCUUAUAGAUAUAAAUUUAAAAAUUAUAUUUAUCCUGCAUUUCCAAUAUUCUUAUCAACAACAGCAGUACACCUAUCAGCAGUAUCAACUCAUUUUUUCUUUAUUAUCGGUUUAUCGGUUCGUGGGUUUCCAAAAAUAAACGUGAUCUAAAGUUAUUGCAAUGGUUCAGAACAGCGGUUUUAGUAUUAAAUAUCACGUGUACAUUUUCUCGUAAUAUCAGUUUUUUGACCGUCUGUGUAUUGUUAACUAAUGUUAGUAUCGACAUAAAUCCAAUAGUAAAUGAUGCAGAAUAAAAAACUGACUAUGAAGACGUUUAAAAACGUGAAUUGAAAAAUAACUACUAUAUUACUCUUAAUUAUUCUUUUUAACACUUGGUAAAAUACUUAUGAACAUCGUGUUAAAGUUUUGAGUAAUAUUGUCGGGUCAAAUAAAUUAUAUUCAUCAUAUAAUUCGAUAAAUACUACGCGAAAUGUCAGGAUUUUUAUGAUUUUCAUUAAAAUUCGGGCUUUAAGCGCUUAUUAUCCACAUGAACCAAUUAAGAACUAAUUAAGUCUAUAAACGUAAUAAAAAAAAAUUAUAUCUGUACGCAACGAUACACUAUUGCAAAUGGUUAUGCAUUUUAAAUUCGGUUAUGCAUGUUUUGAAAAGCUGCAAUAUUUACGAUUUUCGUCAAAAUUUGAUAUUAAACUUCUUAUAAAAAUAAUCCAACAAUACACUGAAUUAUUUUUUUUUACCACAUAAUACGACUUAUAAACAUAUUAAUCAUCUAUUUAAUUUGCAACUAUUUUUAUUAAAAUUACUAAAUUUAUUCACCAAGUAGCUACUGAAUAAAAAUUACGAAAAAAACUCCCAAAAUUAAAAUGUCUAUAAAUAACUCAAAAAUGGCUGAAAUGUUAAUUACCUCUCUAAAGUACUAAUAAGAUAAAUUUUCUUUCUGUAAAGGUAUUACACAUGAUACACCAGAGUAAAGAUUUCUGGUAGAAAUGUUGUUCACAGUAUAAAAAAAAGCACACAUCAUAGUAAAAUCAAUCACUUGUCUUACUCAGAAUAUAAUAUAUCAUUUUAUUUUUAUCGGGAGUACGCGGAUUUUUAUAAUAAUUUCGGUACCGUCUGGUCUAACGCAGUAACGUCGCGAAUUUUUAUUCUGUCAAAUACCUGCCGCCUAUUCAAGGUCGUAUUAAUAAUCGCGUCUAAUAUAUUCCCAUAAAAAAAAAAAAACAUUGUUGAUAGGUAGGAUUGAUGAGUAGGUAGUCGAUAAAUCGUGAAAUGUCAAUUCGUUACAAUGUAAAAUAAAUAAGACAUAUAUUUUUAAAUUUUGAGCGUAGUAAGGAAUGUAUUGGUUUUAAUAUGAUGUGAUUUUUGUUUUUGGUCUUAAAAGAAAUAUUUACUUCUUCUCUUCUAAAUUGUCUCUAAUCAAAACAUAAGAAGCGAAUUUUUUUUGGAUCUAUUUGGUGCAUUUAGAGAGGUAGUUUUUCGAUGUUCCAUGGAGGUAUUUAUAAUAAAAAUAAGAAAAACCAGAAAAAACCGUAUAAGAAAACCCGACAAAUAUUUAUGCCGCGCCACGCACCAUGGCGUCGCCGAUUUUUAAAUAUGUUUACAAUUUAUAUUUUCGAAUAUAAUUGUUGAUGAAAAUCGUAAAUAUUAUUAUGCACAACUGGACUUCGCAUAGAAUCGUUUUUCGUUAACAAUGGUUUAUCGUUGCUUAUAGAUAUAAAUUAAAUAACUGUAUGUAUCCGACUUUUUCAAUUUCUUACUUACCUAAAAUAAAUCACAUAUUUAACUAUACAAUAGUAUAACUAUUACAUGUACACUUCACCCCCCCCGCCCAGUUGGAAAAUCAACUAUUACAUAUGUAGUGAAUUAUUAGUAUUGUGUUUGUAACGUUUGUCCCGAAAUGAUCGUCCUGUUGUUGUAUUUUGUUACAGAGCGAAGGCAUUUACCAGAAGCUCGCCAGAAAAAAAACGUACCUGGAAGAAACUGAAGUCAAAAAAGAUAAAUUUAAACGGGUGCUGAACGUUUACGAUCUGACCGCUCUUGGCACCGGAUCCACGUUAGGAACCGGCGUUUACGUUUUGGCUGGAACGGUCGCCAAGUCCGUCGCCGGCCCCGCUGUCGUAUUAUCGUUCAUUUUAGCCGCUACCGUUUCUUCGUUUUCCGGUUUGUAUAGUGUACUCGAUUAGAUAUUAAUGACAUUGUCAUUAGAUUUCGGGGUUAACAUUAUAAUAUAUUUUACUGUUUAAAGCUAAAAACAUCGCGUGCAAAAUAUUUCUUCACUAUCCACUGAUAUUGUUAUUUUAUUUUUUUUUUUUCGAAUUUUUUCCAAAAAUCAUUAUAACAAUUAAUAUCUAUGUAUGUAUAAUAAUUUUUGCAUUUUUUUCACUGUGUUUUUCAAGAGGUUUUGGGGGUAAACUUUUGAAAACUAAAUGGGAAAUUAUGUUCAAAAUUGUAUAAAUAGAUUGAGCUUAAAUAAAUUUCGGUGUUCAUAUUUUUGAUUUCUCUCAAUUCGUUGUAUUCGAAAUAUUCCACUAUUUAAUUUAGGUAAGAGGAAAGUAGUGGAACAUUAUACAAACGCCAUCUGCCGUGCCGUGCAUAAGUGCACAUAUGAUGUUCCACUACUAAAAAAUGUAAUAUCUCGUCAACGAGUUGAGAGAAAUCAAAAAUUUUAACACCGAAAUGUUUCCAAACUAAUGCUGAAGUUUUGCAUAUUGGUUCCCGUUUGAAUUUCAAAAGUUAACCUCCAACCCUUUCCCUCAUAAAAAAAAAAAAAAAUGAAAAAAUACACAAAUUAUUUUAGUUGUUUAUAAAUCGAAAAAACUUUGCAUUUUACAAUUUUCUCUAGUUUGCAAAUUUAUCGGAGAAAAAUGUGUGAAGUAAAAUUCUGAUCACUGUGUCAUGAAUUUCAUCAUAUUGUUGAAAAAUGUGUUUUUCUAGUUUUAUAAAAUUUUAAAGACCCCUCAAAUAUAGUUAGAGAGGUGACAUUUUAUUUUUGCAUGGUGUUCGUAUCAAAAUUAUGUGCCUUUUGGUGGUUUUAACUUUUAAUCACUUUCCCUUUCCCGAUCAUUUAUUUAUAUGCUUAGAUUUCAUAUUUUCACAGCAAAUAGUGGGUUUUAAAUACUUUUACAGGUUCAUCAACGUAAAUAAUGGUGUUAAAAUUUGUAUAGAGGUAUAAAUGGAAUUGUUGUCGAGGAUGUGCUUUUAGAAGGUUUAAACUUCAAAACUCAGAUCCCCUCUAUCAGGUCCCCUCUAUCUAUCUGACGUAUGUUAGUAAAAAUCUCGGAAAUUAUUUACCUAGUUUAUAAUGUUUUUUUUUAUUCAAUUCUUUAUCGUUAAAAAAAAAAUACCACAAGUCGGCUGGGGGAAAAUAUGACUCUUAAUGUGAUGAAAUUCAUUCUGCUGCUUAGUUUUUUUUUUUAACAAAGUAUUAUUAUUUUAUUAGAUGAAAUUGUUCUGUUAGUAUAUAAACGCUAUUAUAAACAGUAAAACACGAAUAUGUGCUUAGGUGGGAGGGGAAUGUGAGUGCUAAUUUGUUAUUGUAUACUUUGUUUAAGGUUUUGAAAUAUGCUCGUGGCAGGGUGCUGAUUAUGUAAAGUAAUCGCCGAUGAUAUAUUAUCGUAAAACCCACCAUCGAAUGAUUUUGCCACUAAAUAAAACAAUAACUAGGUAUGAUUUUUUAAAUUUUUUUUUUUUUUUUUUGCUUUUAGGAGUUUGUUACGCCGAAUUCGCAGGUCGCGUACCUAAAGCCGGGUCCGCGUACAUUUACAGUUACGUGGCCGUCGGAGAAUUUAUCGCGUUUAUUAUCGGUUGGAAUUUACUAUUGGAACACACAAUAGGUAAGUAAAAUAAUACAUUUUCGUAAAUUUUGAUUAAAGUAAAAUAAUAAACUGUCGUAAAUUGUGAUUAUCAAAACGUCUAGAGUUCAGAUUUAAAUUAUCGACAACUCUCGAUAAUAUUAACAAAGUAUAUUAUAUAAUAAGAUUUAAUUUCGUUGAAAACAAGCGAUAACAAAUAUGAAAAUCAGAGAACAGAUUUUCAUGAUCUUAAAUCCACAAAAAAAGCGUUUAAAAACGUCUAAGACCUCGAAAAAAAGUAUUUAAAAAAACAAAAAUCGUUUACAGUUCGCUCCUCUUACCACUCUAACUUAAAGAAAAUUGUUUAAAUUAAAAAAAUGAUAACACAAGUGUUUUAAAAAAAAAUAAACUGUACGAAUUUUAAUAAAAAUUACUAAAUAAUAAUUCAAUUUUUCGAAAAUAACAAAAUCGGGGUUAUCUAUUACCAAAACGUAAAUUUAAUUAAUGUAUAAAUAUAUUUAAUUCUUAUUCAUUAUGUCAAAUCAAACGAAAAAUAAAAAAAAUUCACUAUUUGACUAUCGCUAUGAGAUCGCAAUGGGUAUAACGUAAAACUCUGACCUUCCGACGAAAAUACAAACAAGAGAUUGUAACCGUUAUAUUUAUAUUUUACCUAUAUACAGGUACUGCCGCCGUGGCCAAAGCGAUGAGUAAUUAUUUAGAUUCGUUACUCGGGAGUCCUCAAAGAAAGUUUAUGGAACGCAAUCUCCCGAUUCACGUGGACUUUUUGGGAGAAUAUCCGGACGUCGCGUCGUUUUUGUUCAUCAUGACCAUUGCGCGUAAGUAUAAUAUUAUCAAAAAUACUAGUUGAAAUCGAAUAGAAUUGCGUAUAUCGUGGAAUACAUUUUUGAUUUUCCUUAUAGUUUGUUUAAUAAUCGAGCAAAACCAAAAAAAUAUAGAAAGAACGGGUAAAUUAAAGAAAAUAAAAUGCUAUAUUAUUUUUAACUUUGUUUUUUUGUUGUAAUCCAGUUAAAAAUAUUCGUAAAGACUUGAAAUUUAAACUAAAACUUAUAUUUGCCUUUUCUAGAUGUAGUAAAAUUUUUUCAAAACAUUUGAGCUAUUUUUGAGCUAUUUGUAGAGAUUUUAAUUUCGAGAGUUUUCUAGGUAAUGUCUAUUCGGUAGGUGCUCUAUGGAUACAAUUGUUAGACCAAAUAGAAAUAAUUGAAAAUUUAACAGGAGGUUCAUUAUAAGUUGUAUACUUUAUAAUAAAAAGAAAACAUUGAGUAUAAUGAAGAAUUUUUUUAUAAGACUUUUAGUACAGAUUUAGACGAAAAUCUUAAAUAUUACGGCCUUUUAAAACAUGUAACACUGAACUUUGCUCUUUUUUCUUUAGCGAUGGUAUUAUCGUUGUUUAUACGGAUAUAAAUUAACGUAAUUUAUCCUAAAUUCUUAACUUCCCAUCUACAAGAGUAGCACUGCACCCGUUCCCAGAAUCAGCACUUUUUCUUGUUGCUUUCCUUUUAUUACUUAACAGGAAAACAUAUUGUCUAAUAGUUAUAUUUAUUAUUACCGGUUUACCGGGCUCAGAUCAGAAUUAUUUUCGAUUUUAAUGAUUUAUCGUUACUUUUCAUAUCUAUAUAAACGAAAUCACUUUCUAUUAUAUUCCUUCCCAACUUCCCUCUUAGAACUAUGGACAUGACGUUCUUAUGGCUUUCUUAUUUUGUACCUAUACCUACUGUUUAUAGGAAUACAAUAUAAAUGUAACGAGUUGGAAUGAGUUUUUGAACUGGGUGUCUGUUUAAUUUAUAUUUAUUUUUUUUUUUUACCUUGACACAUCACGUUAAUAGUGUACCAUAAAAAGUAAAAUUAAACGUUUAAUUCGAAUUGUUUCAUGUUAUUUUCGGACUAAUUAUAUAGUUUUCGUAUACCGUUUACGAAUAAUACACGCUAACGUAGGUACGAUGUACUUAUUUCUAAUGUGACAAUAAUAUUGAUUUUACAAAACAAUAAUAAUAGUUAGUAGUAUAUAUAAGUUUUAAUAUAGGUAACACAGAAAAAAUAAUUUUUGUUAACCGCAAGCAUUGCACACCUAAUACAAUAUUAUUUUGUGAAUUCACAGUGGUCGUGGCUUGGGGAGUUCGUAAAUCGUCGAGUCUCAACAACCUGUUCACCACAUUGAACCUGUUGACUAUAUUCGUAGUCAUCGUUAGCGGAAUUUAUUUCGGUAUGUAUAACAGUUUUUUUUUUUAUUAUUUAUUAGAUAAAAGUACAUUUUUACAAUCUAUAAUCUAUAUGUGUAAAAUCUAAAUAUUUUUGACUCACUGGUCGCUGUAUCUCAGAAACUACUCAACGUUCGCACUUGAAAUUUGGAAUAGUGUUUCUUCUAAUACUUCCACCGUGCAAUAAAAAAAGAUUUUUGAAAAUUCAACCUCUAAAGGGUUAAAAUAGAGGUUUUAGGUAUAUUUGGUAUAAGUAUCUAAUUGCUUAUUUAUUUAUUUUUGUUUAUUCAAGGGUUACCUCGGUGUUACGGAAAAGAAAACCAUUAUAAUUACUAUUAUUUGUGCUAUUAAAAUUUCUCAAUAGAACACAUUUAGUCCGCCGAAGGUGGACUACUCACUUUCUACCUACUUGUUUUCAUUCAAUUCUGACACGGCCAAAACCAAAAAUUAAUAUGGGUAAAAUAAUUAUAGUGAAAAUUGGCACGGGCAACGCCGGGCGCGAGACAGCUAGUAUUUACCAAAUAGUAUUUAGCUAGUAUUUAUUUUUUGGUAUAUAUAAAAUAAGUAAAUAUUGUGAAUUAACCAGAUAUUUACAACACGAAGAAAUGAGAGGAGGGAGGACCACCGGCGUGGAAAUCUUCUAAGUGUAUACAAGUUAAAAUAUUAUUUUGGUUACACAAUUAUUAUAUAAUAUUACCUACCUAUAUUGUUUAUGGUUUUGUGGGUCCCCGCGUUAAAGUCCAUUAUUGUCGUCGAUUCAGUAUUAUAUCAGCUAUUAUACAUUUUAUUUCACACGUAUUUCUUAUAGGCCGAUAUUAACAGUAAUUAUUCCGCUCAUCAAACAACUUAACGUACAUUAUUAUUAUAAUGACCGAAAUCCUAACGUUUGCACGGCAUGUCGUGAAUUUAUUUUCAAUUUUUAGUUUGUACGAUUGACUAUUACAUCGUUAUAUCCCAGACGAGGAUUUACCGGCAUAAAUGAGAGGCGUGUGAGUUGGGUAAACUAGGAUAACCGGAGGAUAUUUACUUAUUGCCUCCUCAAAUCACAUUUAUAUCGUUAUGGCAGCAAAAGGGUAGGGAUCCACUUGAUUCAAUUUACUUGGAAUGGCCAGGAUCCACCAGCGGGCUCAAGCCCAAGUACUUAAAAUAUCACUGUAGCUACAUCAACACGAGUGUCUAUAACACUAAUAAUAAUUAAUAGUUUUAAUAUUAUAAUUACGGCAGUGGUGGCGCAAUAAUUAUUGACCAUUGACAUUUUCGUAAUAGCCAACAUGUCCAAUUGGUUCAUACCGAAAAGCGAAAUACCGGCCGGCGUAAACGGUGGCAACGGAGGAUUUUUACCGUUCGGUUGGACCGGCAUGGUCGCGGGGGCGGCGAGAUGUUUUUAUGGUUUUAUCGGUUUCGACUCGAUCGCUUCCACCGGUAAGUAUAUUAUUUUGAAAACCUUAACCUACUCUAUAAAUGUCGAUAUUAUAAUAAUUAUAUGCAUAACUAAACUGUUAUUAAAAUGUUUGAAGAAUCAUGGUUUUCAAUCGUGCUAUUCGUUACGAAUUCUUUUACGAAUUGUUAACAAUUGUUAAUGACAUUGUUAACAACAUUUUCAAUUAACAAGUCUAAAAAAACAAUAAUAAUCAGUUUAUAUUGUAUAUAUUCAAUUAUUAAAGGGCCUAUACAAGACCGAGUUUUUUUCUUGUUCAUUAUCUAACAUGAUUUUUUGUUCCAUCGAUAAGUAUUUAAUCACUUCUAGAAAAACAAAUAUAAGUUUUCUGUCCAAAUUUCAAGUUUCUGCAAAUUUAUUUAACCAAAUCACAACGAUCAAAUAAAAUUGAAAAUAAUACCAUUUUGUAAAUUUAUUACGUUUUUCCAAUUAUUAUGACAACGUCUUAGAAAAUCAAAAAAUAAUCCAGAUCACCCAGUAUAACCCAGAUAAAAUUUCUUAUUAGAAAAUCUGCUAAAUUGGAAUAUCGGAGCAACAUUUCUGGUAGAAUAGUUGUUCACACAUAAAAAUGUAAAAAAAACCAUAAACCACAGCAAAACCAAUACAUUUCUCAGAAUCUAAAAUGUGUACAUAUACACACAGGUGAAGAGACGAAAAAUCCUAAGAAGACAAUUCCGCUGGCAAUCGUUUUGACGUUGUUUUUCGUCACGUUGGCGUACUCGAGUGUAGCGUCCGUAUUGACUCUAAUGUGGCCGUAUUACGACCAAGUAUGAGAUGCCGAUUCUGCUGCGCAGACGAAGUUAUCAAACAAAAAAUUUUCAAAUAUAAUAUUGUGUUUAUUUUUAUUUCGUUUUAGGACCGAGACGCACCGUUUCCGGUCAUCUAUGAACAUCUAGGAUUACCCGUGUUCAAAUACUUGGUUACCGGCGGCGCGAUAUUCGCUCUCUUUACCACGUGAGAAUUUUUAAUUUUUUUUUUAUAACCACGUACCUACCGAAUAAGUGGUGCUACGAAGAGCGUAUUCUAAUGGUUUUGUACUUUAUAGUCUGAUCGGGUGUUUGUUUCCCAUACCGCGGAUUUUGUACGCAAUGUCCAGCGACGGGCUGCUGUUCAACUUUUUAUCGAAAAUCAACGAAGUCACCAAGACACCUUUUAUAGCCACGAUAAUCUGUGGGAUCAGCGCGGGUAAAAAAAAAAAAAAAAAGAUUUGUGUUGUUUGUUUUAUAGAAUCGCUUUACUUAUAUUUUUCUGUUUCGUGCGUUUUUCUGCAGGACUGUUGUCGACCAUAUUUAAUCUCGACCAGCUAGUCGAUAUGGCGUCCAUUGGCACGCUCCAAUCGUACAUGAUUGUUUGCAUAUGCGUUUUAAUACUCAGGUAAUUAUAUAUUAUAAAUUAUAAUGUAAUAAUUGUAUUAAUUACUAUUAAGGCGCCUUUCUUCUCCCUAACUAUUCAAUCCAUCACCUUGACUGGCUUACAAUUUUUAAUUGUACUGUUUACUGUAAAUAUACGAUUUGUAGUACUAGUAGUAGUCACGAUUGGGAAAGUUAAUGAAUGGAAUAAAUAUUACGGAAUAAAUUGUAUGCAAAUAUUGUUUUUAAAAAAUCAAUUUAGUUAUGUGCUAUUGCAGUUAUUAAAUUACCUCAAGACAAAGUUAUUAUUUUGUCAUUUAUAAUCAUCGUCAAUAAUCAAUGAACAUUUCCGAAUGGACGUAAAUAAACACGAUUACUAACGUUUGAAAUAGACCGAAUAGUCAUACGGUGACUAUAUUCAAUAUUAUAAUAUUGCACUUUGGAAAUACUUGCAGAAUUUAAAUUUUAGUAAAAUAUUGUGUGACGCGUAAUACGCACGAUUUAAGAUCGUGGUAGUACGUGUCCUUAUCUACUGUCCGGUUGAUGUAUACAGAACCAAUGGAGGGCCCCACCCCACCGUAUUCACUCACGCACUGUUUUUCGUGCUUGUUUGUAUUACUAAAUGACAAAUAAACGCCUAAUUUUUUUUUUUUUUUAUAUUCAAAACACGUUUUACGGGGUUAAUUCCCCUGCCUCGUAGAGACGUCCGAUAUCGAUUUUUAUUUUAUUUUUUUGUUGGAAAGAGGACAACUUGCUACAAGCCGCAUUGGACUUCAAUUUUUCAUUAUAAGACCAAAAACCUCAACAAAACAGUGAAAAAUUGGUCAUAUUCAAACUCUAAAUUUAGCGUUUGGAAAUAAAAUUUUCAAAAUCCAAGUACAAUGAGUUCUGUAAGGAGUUUUCAUUUUUCCAACGAAAAAAAAAUGAUCGAAAUCGGACCUCUCUACGAGGCAGGAGAGUUAAUUCCAUAAAGCAUGUUUUUGGGCAAAAAAACAGGUCACGCGCAGUUCCCUUAGCUUAAUAAAUAGACAGUUUAUUUUGAAUUAUAAACUUACCGCGUUAAGGAAUUUCUAUUUUCUCGUUCCAGAAUUCAUUAUUUCGUUUAAUUUUUUCUACAAAAAUAUCUGAAAUAAAAAGUUGUAAUUUUAUUUUAGUAUAAUAUGUUAAACCCUCUAAAAUGAUAUCCGAUUCCAUAGAAGUUAACGUGCCUCACCAGUUUUUGAAACACUUGUGUUAGGUUGGUUCAUUUAAUUUUGACUGUGUUUUCACAUAAACAGAACAGGAUCUAUUACGAAUUCCCGAGUAAAUAACUUUUUUUAUCCUUGCCUCAAAAAUGCAACCCUACAAUGAUAAUUUACGUAAUACUUUCAUAAAAUAUUAUUAUAAUGAUCAUAAAUGUGUUUUAACUUACCACACCGGAAAGAGUGGUGUAAUUACUUGUGUAGCUACAUUUUAACCAAGUACCAUCUGCUAUGACUAAUAUAAGAGGUACUCUGUCAUCAUUAACCUCACUGUUCUCUGUGGCUAACUGAGCCUCUUCUUUUGCCGCAGAACUCAUUGACUUCCACGCAAUAGCAUUAGUGAAAUCAUCGAUUUCUGCAUGCAUCUUUUGGUAUAGAUGGUUGUGAAUGUUGAGCAUAUUUAAUACGACAUUUAAAAUAUCAAGUUGUACGUAACCUUGAACUGAAUUUACAGCCCCUGUUACUGCUGCCAAGUUUACCUUUAUCAAUAAUGAAUAAGGAUCUUCCGAUUUAAUGAUUUCUUUCACUCCACACAUUUGACAAGAAAAGUCAAAUUCGAUAUACUACCCAAUCUGUCCUUCACUUGUAAAUAAUAAAUUACUAAUGCAACCAAAAGAUUUAUGGCUGAUUGGUGAUAAUCGUUUACGACUAACACAAAGAUCCCGGCAACCGUCGACGUGAAUGGAAACUGCCUACAUUUUACUCUUUAAUUAAUAGCGAUGUGUAGGCCCCUUAAUAUAAAAAAACAAAAGAAAAGAAAAAUAUGUUAAUGCAAUACACCAUCGUUUCUCAAACUUUUUAGAGUCGCGACCCCCAAAAUAAGUAUAAAAUGUGGUCAAUUACUUCGCGACACCCCUCCAUACCACUAUCUAUAUGAGUAAAUAUUUGAACAACACAAACAUCAUAUCAUUAAUCAAACAAAAUAAAUCAUUUCGAAUAUCAAUUUAAUAUUUAUAAAUAUCAUGUGUAGUAAUUUAAACUUAUCACAGGUAAACGUUAUGUCUCAGGUCGUUGGGAAUUUCCAUUAUCGGUGGAGUACCCGUCUUAUUGAUGAGAUGUUAUCUAAAUUUAAUCGAAUUUAUACUUUUUUUUGUUCAAUCAAAAAAUUGAAACAAAAAGGUUCAUUUUGUAAAUCAACUUUUUAUUAUUUUUGAUCUACGCGACCCCUAUUCAAGGACGCGACCUCCUGGUUGAGAAACGCUGCAAUACACGACUUAUAAAAGGUUAAAAUUAAAUUGGCUUUUAAUUCAUUUAUGCCUAGCUUUGCAAACAGUGGUAAUUUCUAUGAUCACUGUGGUCGCCAUGGUAACAUAUACGACAUAAUUGUAUAGAUAACUUAAGGGAUCAGUGGAUAAAGAGCAUUAACUAACAUUUUAAAAACGUUUCAGUUAACAUACUAUAAGUAACAACUUUAUCCACAAACAAUAACUACAAAUUAUGUAAUAUAAGUCAUAACAACUAUAUAAAUUUUGUAUCACCGUAAAUAUAUGUACUUUUGUUCUGAAAUUUUGUGUUCAUAUCUGUAAUACGCCAAAACAUGUCGAUUAAUUAAAUGAUUUCAAUUUCAAAAGAAACGUUACACCUUUAUAGAUAAAGGUCUCUAGUGGAGAAUUUACGGGUGAGGGGGAGGUUCAGGGGGCUUCUAUUAAUAAAUAUAUUAGAAAUAAAAAUUAUUUUUUAGGACACCCCUCCACAAAAAUUUUGAAUAUCUGUCACUGGUUGAUAUCUUCAUAUUAUAGUGACGUAACUGUUAGACCGACAGACAGAAAAUAUUAUUUUUUUAUUGCAUAUGGCAUGAUAUUGGUGUACAACAAAAAAGUAAUAACGGAAUAUAAUACAAAAAAAAAUAAAAUAAAAUAAAAGUGAUGACGGAUUUAUAUAAAUAUAAAUAAAUAACCUAAAUAAAUAAAAUAAAUAGUCUAACUAAUAAAAAAAUAAUCAAGCUACAAGUAAUAACAAUUAAAUGCUAUAAGCGUGUGGCAAGAUUACAUAGCCAAUCUAGCGCUUCCUUGUCUCCAUUGUGAAGACCUGAUGUUCUUCCACUGAACUUUGUUUCCGAGCAUUCCUCAACAAUGUGCCUAAUAGUUUGGAUUUGGCCACAGUUACAGAGUGGAGAGUCCACCAUACCCCAUUUGUGCAUCAAAUAAUUGCAUCUUCCCUGUCCAGUUCUUAUGCGGUUUAAAGCAGUCCAUGCUGCACGGGGGAAAACGUAACCUGGAACUAGUUGUGUUGGAUCACUUAUGAGGUGGUUAUUUAGUACUACUCCGUCCUUCCGAUGUAACUUCCAUAAGUCCCCUUCUGUGAUUGUACUCCUUUUUAACGUCCAUAUAGGAAUUCUAGAUUUCAGUCUUUUGUUUGGUGCGUUAUACAAGUCAUCAUAUAUUGGAAGGCUUGGAGAGUUUUGUAUUUUCUCAAUCAUUUUUAGCUCUGCUGAGUGUCUACGCACUUCUGGGGGAGCUAUGUGUGAGAGCACUGGUAGCCAUUCUAACUUAGUUGAUUUGACACAUUCUGAUAUAAUUCUCAUUGUACGAUUUAGUUGUGUGUCGACAGUUUUAGUGUACGUACUCCUAGCCCAUACUGGGGCGCAGUAUUCUGCAACGCUGUAAAUUAAUGCCAAGGAUGAAAUUCGUAAGACGUUUGCCCUACAUCCCCAACUUGUUCCAGCUAGUUUGCUGUUGAUAUUAUUUCGUGUUUUCAACUUGUCUUUAACCCCUUCUAGAUGCUGUUUAAAUGUUAAUGAUUUGGCAAGCUUAACGCCUAGGUACUUUGGUGCGUUUUCGGUUGGUAUAGAAAAUAUUAUGAGAUAUUAUUAUUAAAUGUCAUUGUAUAGUAAAAAAAAAACAUUAUAGUAAAAUUAUUGUAUAAUCAUGAACGUAAAUAUGGUCAUCAAAUGAAUUGGGCUUGAGCCCAAAAAGACCACUGGUCUAAGUAAUAAUAAGGGAAAAUCGAUUUAAAGGUCAAAAAAUACCAGUAUCAAAACAUUUUUAUUAUAUAUUAUUAUAUAUUAUAUAUAUUUAUUAUAUGUUUAUUAUAUACAUAUAUACGUAAUAAAUCAUUAGUGAUAUUUGUAUAUUUAGCGUGGCGUAAUAAUUGUACCCGGCACCCACGUGGCUGUACGAUGAUGAGUUUGGGUGACAGGGCGUUAUAAUAGGUAAUCAAAUGAUCAUAGUUAAUGGAACAUUGGAACUAUGUGUUGAGCACUACCGAGUGAAAACUAUCGAACUACUCGAUAGUUUCAAACUAUCAAACUACAUGGGAGUUAUUUCUAAAAAUUAUUGAUUAUCGAAAAUAUCACCUAUACUAUCGAAACUAUAGGACUAUCGAGUAAUUUAUUAUAUCGAUAAUAUUUAUUCAAUCCAAAAAGUACUAGGUUGUGUUUUAAACUAUCGAUAAUCAGAACUAGUCGGUACUACUACUGAAUGAAAACUAUCGAUGGUUAAAAAUAUCUAUUCAAUCGAUAAAUUACUCGGUGGUUUUUUAAACUAACGUUUGACAAUCGUUAGUCAGAACUAGUUGGUUCCGUCCAUUAAUAAUUGAAACGUUAAAACGAAAAUCCGAACCUGAACCUCAAAAUCUACCUGUAUUACUAUUAUUAUAUUUAUAGCCAUUGCCAUUACUAUUAUAAAAACUAUAUAAUUCUACGUAUAUUACCGCUGGUAAACAUUGAUUAUAAUAACAAUAAUCUGUAUAAUCUAGGCUAAGCCCCUCCCUCUAUGCUCAUGCGUAUAGUGUAUAUUAUAAGUACAUACCUACACAAUAUACAAUAUAUGUACCUAAUAUAACAUGAUAAUAUUGUCAUACACGAUAUAUUUGUUGUAUUCUCGAGUAUCUAUUAAUAACAUUACAAACGAAUUUAUAAGAAACUGCAUGUUUAAAUUGCAAUCUUAUACCUGUAUAACGGUUAUGCACUUAUUGUUAAUCGAUGUUUAUUUAUUUCUUAAUCGUGUUAAACGUAUUGGUGUAUUUAUUUCUGUUACAGAUACAGCGAUAAUACUUUAGUUAUUCGGGAUUUGAACAAAUCUGAAGUGUACACGAUUUCAACGUGGUUGAAUUUAUCGAACACGAAAAUAACAAAUACCGAUACCCAAUUCGUGUCAAGAGUGCUGAUACUUAUUUUCUGUACGUAAUAAUAUCUUAUAAUAUUAUUAUGCACAAUAUAUUUACUGUCCAACUAUACUAUAACUAUACUACUGCCAAUUAUUAAGAAAGAAAAAAAAAGAAGAAGAAAUUCGUUUCAAUAUUAUAUUUAAACAAAAUUACUUUUUUACAGCUGUUACCGCGAGUGUGUUUUGCAUAUGCGUGGCGAGCUGGGAAAGCAGUCACGAGACCGUGCGCUGGGCACUAAGCAUCGCGAUUGCCGUUUCGAUUGUAAUCUUAUUGCUCACCAUGUUCAUGUUGAACCGACUCCCGCAAGCCGUCGAAAGCUUACCGUUCAAGGUGAGGGAUUAAUUAAAAUUAAUUUUCUGUUUGAUAGAAAAACCAUUAAUAUUGUUUUGUUCAGCCCAUGUAAAUGCCCACUAUACAUUUAUUCAUGUAAAGGUGCGUCUUAAGCUUGCGAUCAUUAUACGAAUUCUUAAUACUAAAUAGUAAAAGAAUCGAUAUAUCAAUACGUUAUCAGUGGUUUGACACUGUCGAUUAAAGAUGUUCAGUGUUCGAGCAUUGGGAAGUUAUAGGAAGUAAAAUUGGCAAAAUAUAGACAAACAAAAAUCGGAAAUAUGCAAUAAGUAUCUAUAUUUUCCAAAUAUCCGAUUAACAAUGUUUUACUUUAUUAAUCAUCGAUACUAUCGAUUUAAACAUCAAUACUAUCGAUUAAUCGCGCAGAACUAGUCUAGACUAUACGACCGAGGCAUACGAAGGAAAUCGUACACCAGCGUUACCAGAUAUGCCUAUUCGAUUCGAAUUUUUUUUUUUUUGGACAAGUUGGAUUUCACGAAAUUGGACAUUCUCCUUAUAAACGUAUUAGUUAAAAACAUUAGGAAACAAUCUGAUCCAUUUUUAUAGCAAAAAAUACAACACGUCCAAAUACAAAUGAUAACAACACGACGCGCGACGGACCGAAUGUUAACAUUUACAAUUGAAAAUCGGAGAUCAAAUAUUAAAAUUAGAUAACAAAUGCCUUUGAUGUAGCGAACAAACGCACAUUCGUUAUUUGUCGCUUUCGUUUGGUUUUGCUGUCCAUAUUUGCACCGACGUCAUGGAGUCGUUCAUUCGCAUGUCCCUUAUUAGCUUGCCUUGGUCAUAAUGUCUGGGCACGACUUAAUAAAAUAUGCGUUUAUUAGAUUGUACAGACAUUUUACGUAUAUAAUCUAAUGUAUUAUGCAGGACUUUCGAAACGUAAUUCUGUAACGUAUUUUACAGGUGCCGCUUGUUCCUUUCGUGCCGUGCGUAAGCAUAAUUCUCAACUUGUAUCUAAUGAUGGAGCUCAGCGUCAAGACGUGGAUACGAUUCGGCGUAUGGCUAGUCGUAGGUCGGUAUAUAUAGAUGUAUAUUUUAUAAUAUGGGUGAUAAGCAAUUGUCCGAAUAAAUUGUAUACAAUUCUACCCCACGUGCUUUCACUUAACAUAUCGGGAUUUAUGUAUUUAUGUGUACAGAGGUUAUCUUUUUUGGGAUAAAUAACUUAUUUUUCACAGUUUGGUAAUUUUUCACGCUGGCCCGCGAUAUAUUACACGGUCCGCAUAAUUAUUUUUUGAAUAUAUUAUACACAAUUAUUAUUAAAAGUUGACCGUUUUGUUUCAUAUAUUUAGGACUAUUGAUAUACGCAUUUUACGGAUUACAUCACAGUUUGGAAGGCAUCAAAAACAAUAACGAGAAAAACGAAGAAAACAAACAAAACAUUAGCGAGGUGAUCGUAACGCGAUUUUGA